GGCAAGAUAUUUWGAAACUUGAAGUGAUUUCCAUGGGAAUGAUGUUAUAGAAAGUUUGCAGCGUCUUCGAUCUUCACGCUUCUUUAGUAGAAUUCCAACCAAAAUACYGAAAUAAUGUUUAAAGUAAUCAUUCUUAUUGGAGGUCCAAUGAAAGGGACGAGGUUUCGACCUCUUUCAUUAGAGCUUCCUAAACCACUUUUCCCAGUAGGAGGAUUUCCAAUAAUUCAACAUCACAUAGAAGCUUGCAAAAAGAUACCAGGCCUACGAGAGGUAAUUCUAAUWGGAUUUUAUCAGUCAAGUGAACCUCUAUCAAAGUUUAUUGCCUCAGCACAGCAAGAAUUUGGGAUAAGUAUAAGAUAUUUACAGGAAUAUCAACCAUUGGGAACAGUGGGUGGUAUUUAUCACUUCAGAGAUCAAAUAUCAUUUGGWAAUCCAGAGGGGUUAGUGGUCAUUAAUGCAGACAUCAGCUGUGACUUCCCUUUUGAAGAACUUCUUGAAUUCCAUAAAAGCCACCCUGGUAAACACACCAUUAUGGCUACAGAGGCCAACAAGAAACAGGCACAAAACUAUGGUUGUUUGGUAGAAAAAGAAGAUUGUCAUGAGGUUGUUCAUUAUGUGGAAAAGCCAGAGACGUUUGUCAGUGAGCUUAUUAAUUGUGGUGUUUAUGUGUUCUCACCAAAUGAAGUAUUUCAAACCAUGAGUGAACUCAUGAAACAUAAAUUUGAAAAUGCCAGAAAUGAUGUUUUAUCAUCUGGUCCAGAGGUUCUUAGAAUGGGUGAAGACCUUAUGACACAUUUAGCAAGUAUUGGUGAAUUGUUUGUUUAUAAGACAAACAAUUUCUGGACGACAAUCAAAAGUGCAGGAUCAGCUAUUUAUGCCAGCCGGAAUUUUCUUGAAUUGUACCAUAAAGUUCACCCAGAGAGAUUAGCCAAGAACAACUUUGGCAAACCUACGUUUAUUGGUGAUGUUUAUGUUCAUCCAAGUGCAGUUGUAGACUCAACAGCUGUUCUUGGACCAAAUGUUUGUGUAGGAAGUGGUGUAGUUAUUGGACCUGGGGCCAGGAUUAGAGAAUCUAUUAUUUUAGAUGGUGCUGAAUUGAAGGACCAUUGCUGUGUGUUGUAUUCAAUUGUGGGAUGGAAUUGUACUGUGGGAAAGUGGUCAAGAGUAGAAGGCCAUCGUUGUGAUCCAAACCCUAAUGAUCAGUUUGCUAGACCAGAUGGAGAGUCUUUGUUUGGUAGUGAUGGCAAGCUAACACCAUCAAUAACAAUUUUAGGUCGUAAUGUAGCAAUUGAUUCAGAACUGAUUGUAUUGAAUUCAAUUGUGUUACCACACAAGGAGCUUAGUCAGUGCUACAAAAAUGAAAUCAUACUAUAAAAGAAAGAAUUUAUAACAUCAAAUGCACACCGUAUAAGCAUGUAAAUGUAUUUAGAAAAUUAAAGAAUAAGUUAAAAUGAUUUUAACAUUUUAAUAUUUAAAAUGUAUUUAAUACUACAGUAUAAAUAGUGCUUGGACCAUUAGACAUUGAGUUAGUUUCAUGCAAGAAUAAAAAGCAAUUAGUAAUAUUAGUGGGUGAAAMUUUUAACUACAUUGUGCACAGUUGACAACAUGAAAUAGUAAUAAUACUAUAUUUAUAGCUAUUUUAUAUUCUGUAGGCAGAAAAUAAAUUURUUAUUUCAAUCCA